UCUUAGUAUGCUGAUCCAGUGCAGAAUACUGACACUUUGCCGAAUACAAAACAAAAGAACAUGAGCACCUCCAGUUUAGUCCGUCCGGGUCUCACAACGGCCAUCAUCGGCCACUUACCGGCCAUCAAGUCACGCCUACGGAAGAAAGUCCCACUUCUGUCCUUCCAAGAUGUUCGGCGCGCCCGAAUUCCCUUCUACGAGGCCCUAGCCAGCGAGUUGUACGAAGGUGGCUGUCCAAAUGCUGCGUUUCUUAUGCUCCAGCUGAUCGAAUUCGAACACGAUCACGUUCCCCCGACAUCCGACCCAGCAAUUGAGGAGAAACGUUUGAAAAAUUCUAAAAAUUUGCUCAAUUUCCUGUACAAAUCGCUCCGAGCGGCCGAGGGUCAUAAAAACGAGCAGCGCUAUGCGGACGAGGUGGAACACCUGUUGAUGAUUGGUCGAUCGUUUCUGGACGAUGAGCGCAAGCGAUGGAUCGCAAGGCAAUUUUUCCUCAUCGCACUGGAUCGAUGCGAGGAUUGCCAAUUGGAAGGAAGCCGGAUCGGGACGUUGGGCAAGUAUUACUAUGGAUCGUUUCUGCUGGAAGAGGAAAUCUUGGAUGAGGCUGUGCAGAUGCUCGAAUCAGCUGAAGGUUGGGCACGUGGCAAAAGUUGGCCGUUGGACGAGGGGAAGGGUAUUUUCGGGUCUCAGCUAUUGAUUGGGGAGAUUUAUCAUAAACUAUUUUUGGCUUAUUCGGCAAUGUGCGAGCGCUACAAGUUGACUGAUGCGAAGCAAUUUGAUUUAUACAUUCAGUUGAGUCAUGAAGCAGCCAUUAAAUCUAACUUAGACGCCGUUCUCUGUGAGUCGUAUAUAAAAUACGGGGAUUUUCAACUCGAUCAGGGAAAUCACCGAGAAGCGCUCAAUUGCUACAAACAAGCAUCAAAGAAGGCAAGAAGCAUCAACGCUCUGGAUAAGGUUUGCAAACUGAACAUUCGGAUGGCGGCUGCUCACCGGAGUCUUAACGAAAUGAAGGACUGUGAGUUUUUACUUAGAAACGUUGAUAACAUGACGGUAGAUAACAGGAAGUCCGAAUGUUAUGCCGAGCUGCAAUUGCUGAAUGGUGAGAUUCACUUUUGGAAUGGGCGACUUCCGGAGGCUUUGGAAGCCUUCAACGAAGCACGAGACGUCUACAAGCAUCUGCAGAUUGAGAGCAAGAUGAUUCAAGCCUGUUGUUUUGCAGCGUUGGCCGCUGGUGAAACGCAUUUCGGUCAGUAUGCAAAAUUGGUGAAAAAAGUGGAAUUUCAAGGACCAAUAUCGGACAAUGAAAGUCUUUUCAAACUUUUGCGAUGGAACGUAGAUAAUGUGCCUUUUUGGUGAAGAAGUUUGGUUAGUAGCAAUAAAUGUUUGUUUCAAUGAUAAAAUAGCAAUUUGA